AUGCAAUCCCUUAACCAGGAAAUUAAAGCAUUCUCCCGGAAUAACCUCAGGAAGCAAUGCACCAGGGUGACAACGCUAACUGGAAAGAAAAUUAUAGAAACAUGGAAAGAUGCCAAAAUUCAUGUUGUGGAAGAAGUAGAGCCGAACGGUGCGGGGGAUUGUGGUUAUGUGCAGGACCUUAGUUUGGAUUUGCAAGUUGGCAUUAUUAAGCCAUGGUUACUCUUGGGGUCACAAGAUGCUGCUCAUGAUCUGGAUACACUGAAAAAGCACAAGGUGACUCAUAUUCUCAAUGUUGCAUGUGGAGUUGAGAACACUUUCCUCAGUGAUUUUACAUACAAGAGCAUUCCUAUAUUGGAUCUGCCAGAAACAAAUCUCCUAUCUUAUUUUCCAGAGUGUUUUGAAUUUAUUGAGCACACAAAAACGAAGGAUGGAGUGGUUCUUGUUCAUUGUAAUGCAGGAGUUUCCAGAGCUGCUGCAAUUGUAAUUGGCUUCCUGAUGAAUUCUGAAGAAAUCUCUUUUACUAGUGCUUUUUCUUUGGUGAAAAAUGCCAGGCCUUCCAUAUGUCCAAAUGCUGGUUUCAUGCAGCAGCUUCGUUCCUAUCAAGAGAACAAGGAAAAAAGUAAUAAGCGUGACAAAAUAAAGGAAUUAGAAAGUGACAACAGUUCAAAAUUGGUUUUAGCAGAUAUUGGAUAA